UUUCUUCAGUUCCUGUAGCCUCUCAUAUUCCACCAAGUGUUCUCAUCCCGAUGGUCCCGGCGGCUCCUCCGGCAGUUCCUCUGCAGCCUCCUCUCACCGCCAGGCCAGCAUUUGUCGGACAGACCCGCCGCUUCAGCCUGAGCAACACGCCGGAGAAUCGGAGCUCCGGUGGGGUCUAAACUGUGAGCGGGGUUAGCUGGUGGGCUAGCGGCGCGUUAGCCGAGCAGGGAGCGGUGUGAAGGUUCGGUCCGGACGGCGGCACACGGAGCGCAGCAUGGCCGGGACGAGCCUCAACAAGACCGGGGAGGAGAAGGCAGCGAGCCGCGGUCAGAGUGAAGUGAACAGGCAGUUGAAGUACAUCAGCUUGGCCGUGCUCGUGGUCCAGAAUGCAUCGCUCAUCCUCAGCAUUCGGUACGUCCGCACGUUGCCAGGCGACCGCUUCUUCGCUACCUCAGCCGUGGUGAUGGCGGAGGUCCUGAAGGUCCUGACGUGUCUGCUCAUCAUCCUGCUGCAGAAGAGAUUCAAUGUGAAGGUGACGGUGUAUUCCCUGGUUGACGCCCUUGUGUUCCAGUACAAAGACACUCUGAAGCUGGCCGUUCCUUCUCUCAUCUACACUCUGCAGAACAACCUGCAGUACAUCGCCAUCUCCAACCUGCCGGCCGCCACCUUCCAGGUGACCUACCAGUUGAAGAUCCUCACCACGGCUCUGUUCAGCGUGCUCAUGCUGAGGAAGUCUCUGUCCAAAGUUCAGUGGGUUUCUCUGCUGCUGCUGUUCGGCGGAGUCGCCAUCGUGCAGGUGCAGCAGGAGGGGAACAAAGAGGCGUCGGUGAAGGACACCUCCAGUCAGAACUACACCGUGGGUUUGGUUGCCGUGGUGAUCAGCUGCCUGUCGUCGGGAUUCGCCGGCGUGUACUUUGAGAAGAUCCUGAAGGGGAGCGCCGCCUCCGUGUGGGUGAGGAACGUGCAGCUGGGGAUCUUCGGCACGGCGCUCGGCCUGCUGGGAAUGUGGUGGAACGACGGCGCCGCCAUCGCCGAGCGCGGCUUCCUGUUCGGCUACACCAGCAUGGUGUGGUGCGUCAUCUUCAACCAGGCGUUCGGCGGGCUGCUGGUGGCUGUGGUGGUGAAGUACGCCGACAACAUCCUCAAGGGCUUCGCCACCUCCUUCUCCAUCAUCGUCUCCACGGUGAUGUCCAUCUACCUGUUCGGCUUCCACGUGGACCUACUCUUCACCGUGGGGGCGGGGCUUGUUAUCGGCGCUGUCUACAUGUACAGCCUCCCCAAAGCGCCCAGUAGCUCUGCAUCCCCGAGCGCCACCGCCUCAUCCUCCUCUUCAUCUUCAGCGCUAAGGACGGACAGAGAUGCCGAGAUGGAGGCGUUCCUGCCAAAAGCUCAGGAAGGCGUCUCCCCCCCCUCUGCCGUCAACUUCACAGCCUAACUGCUCAAAGCACAACGGCAGCAGGCGGAGGAAGAGGAGGAGGAUGAGGAAGGAACUGCAUAGUCUCAGAAACCCUCACCACCCUCGCUCUGUUUUUCCUAUGCGGCGUCUCGCCGGCUCUGCCUUAAAACUCUUAACUAAAUGAAGAGAAUCGCCUUACGCUGAAUAUUGAUCAUGUAUUGAUUAUUGAUUAUUGUUGUUACUGGUAGAGGAGAAUCUGAACUGAAGCCUGAUUGACUGAUUUCACUGUGCAGCCCCCAUACAUUUAAAGUUAGAAUUCCACCUUAAAACAGGACGGUUCGUAUGGGAGCCCGAAGUGCUCAAUAUUAUAGUGAUAAAAAAACUUUGAAUAAAUAGAAGCGAUUUAAGAAAAUAUUAAACUGGAACACAAAAAGGGACAUUUUAAAACUAAAAUACAGCAAUUCAGUUGAAAUCAGAAUUUUAAAAUAAAGCAUUUUAAUAUUGAUUUAAAUAAAAUUUGACAUUUGUAAAUGAAAAUAAGCAUCAGGAAGUCGCAUUUUGAAAGGUAUAAAAAAGGAUCACUAUGAAAAGCAUUUUUUUUUUUAACCAAAGUAGUUAAAAUGACACUUUCAAUAAAAAAUUCAACAUUUUAAAAUUAAAAAUUCAUUUGACAUUUUCUUUUUAAAUUACAGAACACCAUAUAAAUAAAGACUAAAGGUUAUGAAAUAUUUAAUUGGGAAACAAUUGGCUUAUUUCUAAUCUGGUUCAUUUGUAUAAUGUAUAAUUUUGUAUAUUAAUUUUGAACACCUUACUUGACCAACUGUAUCUUGAUGACCAGUUUAAAAUGGCAUUUAAGUUUAAUUCUAAUAGAUUUAUUUUGUCUUUUUAUCAUAUCACUUUGUUUGUCUCCACACAAAUUUUAUUUUACUAUUUUAUUUAUUUUAGUUUUCUGCAAUAGUCAUAAAUUAACUAACUUCUUAUCUGAGCUUCUGUGCGUUUGUGUUUGUUCUUCUUUGCAGUAACACUACAGCUGCGAUUUCCUGCAGUUUCUGCACUGAUAUGUUAAGUUUGCACUGACACGUUGGGUAUUUUUUUUCUGACAUUUAUCUUUCAUUUGCUGGUUUUUAAUAGUUUUAAUUUUCUGGAAGCACUGAACAGUUCAGGACUGAAACAUUUACCGUUACAGCUGAUUUUAUUGCGAAAUUGAUCUUUUGUUGCUCAGGAUAAAAGAUAAAUAUCUGGAGAAAAAAGCAUAAUUGUCACUAAAACGAAAACUCUGCUUCUGUUAAAAGCUGCCUCAUUUUUUUCAGGUUUUCUCAGAAGUCUUCCUUCCUGUUUGUGGUUUUUGCUGUUAGGUUAUUUUUUUGGGCUGCACAGUGAAAACCUGUCAGGUAAAAUGUUGCUCCUCCAGGUGCGUCUCCACUGAGGGACCGUUUGUGUUUGGUGCCUUUUCUCCUCAUCUGUACAGAAGCCAUACGACUGUGUUGGUGUAAAGUUUGCGGUGUACAGUUAUCGGGCUCUGCGGGAGGCUUUGCUCUGAGCGGGGAAUGUGCUCGUUGAUUGGAGCACCUUUAAAUUACCGAUCAUAAUGUCAUAUGUUUGUUUUUCACCACAAUGUCCUGAUGCAGGCAUCUGGUUGAAGAAGGCGUCCUGCAGGGGUGCCCUGAAUGUUGUCCCCCCCCCAGCUCCUUCUGUUUGCCUCGAUCACAGCGGGGUGGACGGGGAGAUGAUUUGUUUUUUGUGUGUGGAGCUGCUUCUGUGUUUACAUCGUUCAGCUUUGGGAGGAGAGGUUGAGUUUUUUUAUUCUCCUGAUCUCUGCAUGAGGUUAAGAACGGGUGAUAACCAGAUGUUUCUCCUGUGCCCCCACCACCAUCACAGUCGUGGUGCAGCACUUAGAGAGAGUGUGUGUGUGUGUGUGUGUGUGUGAGAGUGAGAGUGUGAGUGAAAUAUCAUCACCACUAACCACAACUCUAACUUCAUACUGGCCUGUUUGACCCACUGAUUGCAUUUCCAUCAGCUGAUUCCUCUGUUCAGCACACUGAUCAGUACUGAGUAGUUCUCAGUACUGAGGGUCCAUCAAACCACCUGUGUGGAUACUUUAAACAGUUUUCAGCUGCUGCCAUCUACGGCCACAGCUCUGAAUUAAGAAGCUCAAAUGAAAGCUAGCUGUGUGCCGAUAAACGGCCCAAUCUUUAUUUAUUCGGCUGCAGGCCGACAGCAGUCGCUCUCUUUCUAGCAGAGACGCCUGCAGGGGGCACAUUUACUCAACUAUAUGUAAUUUAAAGCUUUAGGUACUUAGUUCUGAAGAGUUAUAGUAGAACUCCAAUAAAUUGUACUAUAAUCUUACCAAUUAAGCUAUCUGACGGUAUAUAAAAUAAAUUGUCUUUUUGUAGGCUGUUCAAAAAUAUAAAAAAAGCUGAAUUGCCGUGAAGUGAGACUUUAAGCCUGCUUUACACCAGAUUUCACUGAAUCCAUAGAAAUGUAAGCAGCUGCCAGGCGCCGCUCUCUGAUCUCGGCUCUCGGAGUAAACUGGCGUCACCAGGUGAAACAGGUGACAGGCGCGCGGACGCUAAUCUGCCAGAAAAAGGCGCGCUCUGCAAACUAAGCUGACUCAUGUGCGCGCGUGUGUGCAGCGUUAAAGUAAAUCUUAGAUUUGUUGUGUUCCUCUCAGCAGCUCUACAGAUCAAUAAAAGCAUCGGAGUUAAACUCAUGAGGAAAGUCUUAAAGCUGUUUUCCUGUUUGGACUCCUGCGGGCCGAAGAGGCAUCGAGAAAUGAAAAUAUUAGUAACCAGCACAGAAGUUACCGACAUGAACCCCGACUCUGAAACGAUUACAAACCCUCGAACAUAAGCUGGCUAAUUAAACCCCUGAUUUAGGAUCACGUGGACGGUUUUAUGGGGUUCAGAUCUGGAGUUUAUACAUUUAAUCAUCACCGCAAUCAAAAAACAAACCGGAAGUCUCCGUAGGACGACUAAUGUAGCUCAAAAUGUAACAGUUUGGAUGAAUCUGUGUGUGAAUCUGAGGAGCCGGUUUGUUUUAUCGGUUUGUGUAAAAUCUGAUGGACGGAAACUCACCCGAUGACUUCAGGAGACGAACACGGAGAAACGUGGAGACAAAAACACGAAACCAAACCUCCCAAAAUAAGAACUUUAUUGAUUUUCUGAUUACAAUCGAAGUUUUCUCUUUUUUGAAGAUUUAAAUCAAACUGUGAAGGGACAAAAAAAAAAAAAAAGAUUAGAACAUGUUACUUUUUCUGUUUUUGGAAAUCCAACAAAACAAAUCCUCCAGCUCACAGUUUGGAAGUUCAAAUAUUGAUAUCUAUCAUAUUAUAAUAUAUGAGUUUUUAUUUAAUGUGGGAAUCUUUGGGAUGGUGGUGAAUGAAGAGGAGGAGGAAACUCCGCAGGAAGCUUCAGAUUUCAGGUUUUUGUUUUUACAUCAGAGUGAGUCAAUUUUAUCAUCUUUGGAGAAAACAGACAUUAUUUUCCCAGAAAGUAAAACUUUUAUCUUGAGAUAAUGCCGUAAAUUUGUAGUGAAAAAUUUGUCUGUUGUGUUAAGAUGAUGGCUCAGUCAUCAGAAUAAUUUAGCAGGCUAACAAAGGGUCAUUUCUGCAUCUUUGAGUUCUGCACUAAUCAAAUGAAUAUUUGAAGAUAAUCAUAAUGUGAAGAACAUAUCUGCACAUCAACCUGAUAUAAAAUAUCUUUAUGUGGACAUAUCAGCUGAUUUAUUUCAGAUGUUUAUUUCUAACACAUCUUUAAUUUUUCCUUAAACUCAUUUACAUCAUUUUAUAUCAACAUUAUUAUUUUAAAUAAAACAGAAGCUUUUCCCUCCAAAAAUGCAGACUUUAUUACUAAAAUUACAAACAUCUGCGUCUCCUCCAGAAAGUAAUCAGUCCCACAGAAAAACACGCAGGUGAGAUGAAUUGUUCUUUGAGCUGAUGGUCUGAAGCGCCCCCUGCUGGUUCAGUUUCCUCUUCCUGUUUGCGUUUGUAUGAGAUCUGAACAGGUUUCAUCUCUGAUCUGUUUGCACUUGAUUGUUGAUUUGUAUCAAUGCCUCUGAAUUUGUACAUACUUCCUUUGGUAAAGUUUUAUAUAAACGAGGAC